UCCACCACUUUCUCGAGGCGAUGGCCCGCUUUAAUGAUUCCGGAAUCAAGCGGAGCACGUUGAUGGUCCUCUUCGUGUUGUUCCUUGUCGACGACUUCGUGAUUAUCGCUGUGGUCGUGGCCAUGAGCGAGGUCGCCGCAGGAAGUAGCACGGAGUCCGCCGGGUCGUCCGCCGUCGCCGUCCUCGGCGUCGCCGGCAACCUUAUCGCCAUCAUCAACAUCUUAUCUCCCACUUUCACUUUCGUGAUUCCUGUCUGGAAGGAAGGGUCUGUAGGAGAUCGGAUGGUAUAUGGAAGCCUUUUGGCUUUCGUAAACAACGUGAUGUGGGCAAUGUAUGCCGCCUCCGACUCUCUCGAGAGUAAACUUUACUUCUUCAUCGUCAAUGGAGUGGGCUUGGUCUUUCAGAUUUGCUACAACAUCCUCUACAUAUACUAUGCGGAAGGGAAGAAGAGCAUUCAAGCCUUCAUCCUUUUAUUGGCAUCCUACGUGGUCGCCCUUGUAAUGGCAGCCUUAGUGCCUUGGAUGGUGAUGACACAAAGGUGGAGUAGUACUUGGGUCGGUGUCCUUGCCGCAUCAUUUGGAGUAUCCAUACAUAUUGCUUCUGCAUGGGACAUGCUGAUGGUGAUCAAGAGAAAGGAGCAGAUCAUCUACAUAGACCGAAUAAUCACGGUAUCCUUCUCCCUCGCCGCUGCAUGUAUUUGGACCGUCUACGGUUUCAAAUCCGCGACCGUCAACUUAUAUGUCCUGGUACCGAAUCUCGUGGGCAUUCUGUGUACCGCUGUGCAAAUCUGUGUGUACGCCUACUUGAUACUAUCCCGCAAGAUCCGCAUCUACUCCUUCCAAACUGAUGACGCAGUGGACUAUGGCUACGAGAUGGGAAAGCUCUUCGCGUUGCCUCCAGUGUAGGUCUGCCGUCUGCGGCGGCAAAUUGAGACUUGUGUUUAUUGACAACGAGGCAACUCAAAACUUUUAAAUUCUGAGCGAACUAUGAGAGUAUUUCGGUGGAUGGUCGAUCUAUCACUGAUCGAUCGAUAGCAGGCUCCCGUAUGAACCCGACUUGCCACAAAAAACA